AUGAGCAGAGCACAGGAACGCGUCCCAGAUCCGGGCACAUCUGUCCUCCAGCAGACACCAUGGUGGGGGAUACUGUCCCUCAGCGCUAUCCUAGCAUGUGCCAUCGCGUCCAUGAUCGUCGUUGCCGUCUCGCGCGACCAGGUAGUCGACAGUUGGCCCAUCCAGCCAGCCGUGUGGCUCUCCAUCUUCUCGACCAUCUCGAACCUGGCCUUCAGCUCCGCCCUCGCGACCGGCGUCGCUGUGCGCUUCUGGCUCUGCGCCGAGAGCGGCGGCCGUCUAGGCCAGCUGCACUACAUCUGGGACCACGGCCGGAGUCUGGCCUUCUUUGCCGCCUUUCGGGCCGGGUCCGAGGCCAGGAAGGUCACGCUGAUUGCGACCAUCGCCUGGAUCGUGCAGUUCGCCAGCGGCCCGCUACUUCAGCGCUCCACGUUCCAGGCGGCCGAAGACCGCGUCAGCGAGCAAGUCAUGUUCUUCGAUCUUAGCAACCGGAUUCCCGACGGCUGGAUGGGUAGGUGGGACGACGCUCGCGUCAAGCUACUCCAGCAUCGGCGCGCCAUUACGCCGAUUCAGGAGUGGUUCCGCAACGCAUCUAUCACGGUGCCAGACAAGGAGGGCUACCGCUGCCGUGGCACAUGUCACGGCUUUGUCAGGGGUGCCGGUUUUGUCCACACCUGUGAGUCCGGCACCGAGUCUCUGGAUUUAUCGUCAGACCGAGCCAACCACUCGACCGUCUUCCUUGUCGAAACCAAGCUGGCCGAAGAGGCCGGCGAGCCCUUUCUCCACUUGACCACCAAGCACAUCGCCGAACUGCAGGGACGCUGCCAGGCCACGCUCCAUGUCCACACAUGCCGUAUCAGGGCAGCCGUGGUGGAGUACCCCGUCAUGAUCACAAACUCGACCAUCGUCCUGCGAACUGAUGGGCUGGGCUCGAUCCGGGAGGUGUCCCCUUACACGGCGGAGGGGGAUCGAUCAACAGCCGUGGCGGGUUCCGGCAUCGGACCUCUCGCCGGGCUGCACAAGUUCGCCGACGACAAGCUCGCGGACAACGCGACAGUCGACUUUUACCACACCCUGGUCCCUCCCCGGUUCCUGUACCGGGGGCCCGGGAUGCUGGCGGACAUGUUCCUGCAGGCCGAGCCGCCUAACUCGCUCAACAGCUCCUCUCUCGACAGCUGCCGCCUGACGUGGACCAGCCCGACCGUGUAUGUCCUGACGGCCAUGCACGACUACAUGUUCCGGGUGGCCCACCGCGUGGGCAACAACACCGACAGGCAGACCUUCGCGGCGACCCGCACCGAGACGAUCCUAGUGUUCCGCAGCGACAAUGCGUUUCUGGGCGGCGGACUGGCCGUGUCCUUUUGCGCCCUCCUUCUCGUCGCCUCUCUGUCCUGGGGCUGGUGGCGACUCGAGCGGCCAGUCACCCUCAGUCCGCUCGAGACGGCCAGGGUCUUUGAGGGCGCGUCAGAAUUGCGCGGCCGCGUGCGCCGUGUGGCUACCAUCGAUCAGAUCCUCGCUGAUGUCAGGCACGUCCAGGUCAGGGUUGGCGCCGCCGAUAACCCUCGCGAUAAAAUGAUGACACGAGUCUCUGUUUCCACGGAGGAGAGAGGGCCAGAAGCCGAGGCGCCUGGCGCAGCAAGGCAUCAGAAUCAGCCGUUGCCUUUUUGA